AUGCAGAAUGGCCACUCGCGCAAGACGAAUGGCAGCGUGAGGGGUUCCAAGAGCAAAAACAACAAGCCUCGAGCCACAGUGUCUGAACUGCAGGCACGAUUCGCUGCGAUCAACACCACGACCACAGAUAACAACAGCAACGACGACAGCACCGACACCUCCGACGGCAGCAUCCUGACGCCGUCCACCACCUCCGCCCCCAGCCCAAACGCCAUUAAUUCCUCCUCCAUCUCCUCCAAAAUGUCACACGGCCACGCGCGCAAGGCCUCGUCGCCCAUGGCGCCGCCGUUCAUGGUGUCGGCGCCCGGCAAAGUCAUCGUGUUUGGCGAGCACGCCGUCGUGCACGGCAAAGCCGCGCUGGCUGCGGCCAUUUCGCUGCGGUCAUAUCUGCUGGUCACCACGCUCUCCAAGUCGCACCGCACCGUGACGCUGAAUUUCCGCGACAUUGGGCUGGAUCACACAUGGGACAUUGACAAACUGCCCUGGGACGUGUUCCAGCACCCAUCGAAGAAGAAAAUGUAUUACGAUCUGGUCACCGAGCUUGACCCGGAGCUGCUCGAGGCCAUGCAGCCUCAUGUCGCUGCUGUAUCGCCAGAUGAAGCGGAGGAUCUACGCAAAAUCCGUCAGAGCUCGGCCGCGGCGUUUUUGUAUCUGUUCCUCUCGCUAGGCUCGCCAAACGCGCAUGCUGCUGUUUAUACCCUCCGAUCAACGAUCCCACCCGGUGCUGGCCUGGGUAGCAGCGCCAGUGUCUGUGUGUGUAUCAGCUCAGCACUGUUACUGCAGAUUCGCACUCUGGCAGGACCGCACCCAGACCAACCGCCGCAAGAAGCCGAAGUGCAAAUCGAACGCAUCAACCGCUGGGCCUUUGUCGGCGAAAUGUGCAUCCACGGGAACCCAAGCGGUGUCGACAACACGGUCUCAGCGGGCGGCAAAGCAGUACUCUUUCGGCGCGACGACUACAGCAAACCCCCAACUGUCAAAUCCCUACAUGAUUUCCCCGAAUUACCCUUGCUGCUCGUCAACACGAACCAGCCACGCUCCACAAAGACUGAAGUCGCCAAGGUCGGCCGUAUGCGCGAGACGCAUUCGCGUGUCACAGAGGCGAUUCUGAAUUCCAUUGACCAGGUCACACUAUCUGCAAACGAGAUGAUCUCCACCAUGGACUUUGACGACGAGGACGACGACAGCAACGAAGCUCUAGAAAACUUUGGCGCUUUGUUCCGUAUCAACCACGGCCUCCUCGUCUCCCUCGGCGUUUCUCACCCUCGCCUCGAACGUAUCCGCGAACUGGUCGAUUAUGCAAACAUUGGCUGGACAAAACUGACGGGCGCCGGCGGCGGUGGCUGCGCUAUCACUCUCCUGCGACCCAACGCAUCUGCGCCCACACUACGAAAACUCGAGCAAAAGCUCGACAGCGAAAACUUUCAACGCUUCGAAACGACUCUCGGUGGUGAUGGCGUUGGCGUGCUGUACCCAGCCGUGCUACGCAACGGCACAACCGACGAAGAAGGCGGCGAAGAGAUUGAUCAACAGAAAUUCGAGAAUGCCGUGGGGAAUGAUGGCAUUGAGCAACUUGUGGGUGUUGGUGGUGGAGUGAACAAGACGAAGAAGCGUGAAGGGUGGAAGUUUUGGAGGAUAGGCGGUCGAUGA